AUGGGAGAGCAGGAAAGAUCAGAUGAGACGCUUACGCUUCAAGGAGUCUUGCUGGACAUAGAGCGGCUGAUCGUCAAGCUCGUGGCUCAACGUGCAGACUCGGCAGAGCAGCCCCUCUCCGGCUCCGGGCAGGUGCCCGUGCGCCGUGCGACGGAUUUCAAAGCCAAGGAGCAUCAGCUCUCCCAGAGCUGCCUGAGCUCUGACGGAUUCGAAGAUGAGGCGGAGGUGUACUCCUCCGACAAAAGCUUUCUGCCUUUGGUGCCGCAGGUAGUCUCGCCGCCCCAUCCCUGUCUGCCGGAGCCUCCGCAGAGUGAGACCAGAUUCAGCCGGCAAGUUUCUUUCCAGCCCGCCAUGCACUACCUGGACAUUGAUCGAGACGGGUCGGCCGACGGUUUCGACAUGCACAUGGGCUGGCGCAACAUAGGCGACAGGAGCUCGUGUAGGAGCAAUCGGCGAAAUGCUUCUAUGAACCUAGUUCUGCCAAGCCCGACAGCUCUGCGAGCAGCGACGAAGAAAGAGAAGCAUUACGUGAAGUACAUGAUGAAGUGGCGCCCGGCCUUUGCAUGCCUUGCUUCUUCGUUGAUUCUGCACGACUGUGUCAUGGUGCCCCUCCUCGCGCUUGAUCCUCGUGGCGCUGGGGAUCUCCUCUUCAAGCUCCUGUUUUGGGCUGUGACCCUGCCUAUUCCUUUCUGGCAUGGUGCUACGAGCAUCGCAGUGCUGGAUGCGGUGCUGGUGGGGUUGUUGUUCUUUGAGCUUCUGAGUGGUAUCACGCUUCUGAGAGGCGUCCAGCUGCUUCGCGUCCUGCGCUUGGCCCAGCUCUUCAAAUUCACAGGCUUCAGGAGGAUGGCGAGUCGGUGGAUGCACCAGAGCAGCAGGGAGGUACGGGCGCUGGUGAAUAUUCUCGCCACGUUAUGCUUGACGGCCUUUUUCUUGCACGUGCUGACGUGCUUGUGGUUUUCCUGCGGCAGUCUCCCGAAUGGCUGGGUCGAUGAGGAGGUCCGGCAGCUGCCAAAGCAGGAUCAGUACCAGCGUUCGCUGGAGCUGGCUUUGUCUCGCCUUCAUCCAUCACGGCUCGCAGAGAACAUGAUGAUGAACACCCAGCUGGAGCGGAUGCUGUCUUUGUUGGCCACAGGAUCCGCGAUUCUUUGCGGCGCCGUUUUCACUUCCAUCGUCACCAAUGACCUUUCAGAUAUCCGGCGGACCCACCGGGAGCAGAGGGAAGCGCAGAACAAGGUGUCUGACUUUCUCACCAUCUAUCCGGUGAGUUGGGAGCUGGAGCUACAGAUGAAGGAGUAUUUGUAUCGGAACAUGUGCAAGGUAGAGCUGCCCUGCAAGCAGGACUUAUCCUGCAUGCUUCCGGACUUUAUGUACCGCGAGCUUUGCCGUGAGGCAUUGACGCCCGUGUGGGCCAAGCACACCUUUCUGCAUGGUCUCAUGAUGCGGCAUCGCUCCUUCCAGUACGACCUCUGCAUCCAGUGCCUGUUGGACUGGAACGUGGGAGCUCACGAGACACUCUUCUCUGCUGGGACCAAGUGUGACAGCAUGCUGAUGCUGUCCCAUGGCUCCGUCGAGUACCGCACCAUGGACCUUUGCCAGGUGCAGCCGGUGGAAUCUCCGAAGCGCUCAAGAGAAGUGUUGACGCUGACAUCCUUCGUCCAGACGCGAAUGAGCAAGGAAGCUGAAGGUGACCCAGAUGCAGUACUGCAUCCUGGUGACUGGCUGGCGGAGGCUUGUCUUUGGGUGCACUGGCAAUUCAUGGGCAAGGCGAGGAGCCGGAGCCCAUCGGCUUUGAUUUGCCUCAGCUACCAGAAGCUCUUGGCGGCAGUCAACCUGCAUAAGGAGGCCAGCAGCGACUUGAUUUUGUACGCGCGGCGCUUUGUGGCUGCCCUCAAUGACCUUCCGGAGGAUGACCUCACAGAUCUACCCAUCGACGUUGACCUUCCAGAUGAGAGCUGA